UUUUACCAGUACUAAAAUGCGAACGAAUAGUUUCUGCAGACGAAGUUAUUGCGAAAGAAGAUUCACAAAGAGAGAAGAAGAAAGCAAAGCGAAGGCAGACAAGAAGAAAUGGCAAGCAGGAUUGGGGGGAGAGUGGUACACUUCGCUAACCUCCCAAUCAAGCUCUUGAUGCCCACAAGAUUCACCAACAUCACAGAAAUUGCCCUCAAAACUAUCCCUUCCGCCUCCAAGAUCGAAAUCAAGCGCGUCCUUGAGUCUCUCUACGGCUUCGAGGUUGAGAAGGUCCGCACCCUUAACAUGGAGGGCAAGAAGAAGAAGCGCGGGGGUCUACUCAUUGCCAAACCAGACUACAAGAAGGCCUAUGUCACUCUGAGGAACCCGCUCUCCUUAUCGCAGGACCUGUUCCCGAUUAGAGUCAUCGAGGAGGAGAAGGAAAGAGUAAAUAAGAAGGAGAAGCCAAGCUUUGUGGAGGAAGGUGAAGGGAGGAAGCACUGGCUUGAUAGGAAGGACGGGGAGAAAGUCAGGGCAGAGAUGGGUUAUGUUGGACAGAGAAGUGGGCGGGGCCGAUAUGUUGAUGAUGCGGCCGCGGCUAAGUUCCAAGACAGGGCGGAGAAGGGUUAUGCUGGAGAGAGAAGUGGGCGGCGCCGAUAUAUUGGUGAUGCGGCUGCGGCUGCGGCAGCGGCUAAGUUUCCGUGGAGCAGCAUGCGGGGAGAUAGGUAGUGUUCUUAUUGUUUUACGUUCCUUUUUUCUUGGAUUUUGGGGAUUACUGGUUUGAAAAAUUGGACUUUUUCCAAUGAAGAUGAUAGAAUAGUAAAAAUAAAUCUAGUAUUUGGUUUGGAGAUC